AUGGUACUCAUUUGUCCACGACUUCAUUUAUUUGAGAUCAAUGAUCAACCCUGGUUUCCCCAAUACCUCCGUCUAAAAGUUCAAUCUUGCCUAACCCUCUGCUGGACCUUCCGCGUCCCCAUCAUCCAACCCUCCUCCCCCGCCCAACUAGUCGCCACAACCCUCUCUCGAGUGCUCUCCAACGACGUCACAUCCUAUACUUAUGUCGAUUUCUGUGCCGGGGCCGGGGGUCCCACCCCUUAUAUCGAAGUGUACAUGAAUGCACAUUUAAAUCACUCCUCUACUUCUACUACCAAUGCCUCGACCUCAUCAAUCGCAAACCAUGAAGUCUCAUAUGCCGAAGUCGCAGCUACGCCAAAAAAUCAGAUAGACGGACUCGCUCUGCGCUCACCACGCCCUGUUAAUGGCGAUGAUAGAUAUGGAAAAGUACAAUUUGUUUUGACGGAUUUACAUCCUCAUAUACCCGAUUGGACAGAAGCGUCAAAACGCAGCGAGAAUCUCAAUUUUAUAUCUGAGCCUGUCGAUGCAGCAAAUGCGCCGAGAGAUCUAUUGAAGAACGUCAACGGCGAGACAAAUGGUGUACAUGGCGAGACCAAAGUUUUCCGAUUGUAUAAUUUGGCUUUUCAUCAUUUUGGUGAUGAAUUGGGAGGCGAUAUAUUGAAGAACACGGUGGAGACUGCGGAUGGUUUUGGUAUAUUCGAGCUCCAAGAACGCACUAUUUCCUCCCUAAUUACCAUGUUCGCGAUGGGCAUAAUGAUACUCGGAAUUACUCCCUUCUACUUCUGGCGCUCUCCCGGUCAUCUAUUUUUCACAUAUAUUAUACCGAUUAUUCCUUUCGUGCUAGUGUUUGAUGGAAUCAUAAGUUCUGUAAGGACCAGGAGUGCAGGUGAAGUGGAGGCAUUGAUGAAGAAGAGUGGCGGUGAUACGAAUGGGUGGAAGGUGUUGAGUGGGAGGGAGAGACACACAUGGCCCACGGGAUAUAUGACUUGGGUUAUGGGGGUUAAGGAGUAG